CUAACUCCGACUGUCAGACCCUCAUCAGACAGAGAGUCAAAGACCAACACAAAACCAGUAUGAAGAACAAGUAUGAGAGUUUAUUUGAGGGAAUCAAACUAGUAGAGAAACAAACCCUCCCGAACAGGAUUUACACACAGCUCUACAUCAUAGAAGGAGAGAGUGAAGGGGUGAAUGAAGAACAUGAGGUUUUACAGAUGGAGAAAACAACCAGAACACAAUUCACUCCAAUCUACUGCAAUGACAUCUUUAAACCCUUACAUGAACAUGGAUGUGAAGAAAAAAACAUAAUCAAGACAGUUCUUACUAAAGGCAUCGCUGGAAUUGGAAAAACUGUCUCUGUACAGAAGUUCAUUCUGGACUGGGCUGAGGGAAAAGCCAAUCAGGAUGUAGAUUUCAUGUUGGUGCUUCCAUUUCGAGAGCUGAACUUGAUUAAAGAUCACCAGUACAGUCUUCACAGACUUCUGCUGGACUUUUAUCCUGAACUUCAAGAUCUGGACUCAAAGAUUUAUGAGGAGAGUAAAGUUGUGUUCAUCUUUGAUGGUCUGGAUGAAAGCAGAAUUACACUGGCAUUUUCAUACUUACAGAAAGUUUGUGAUAUGAAUAAGUCUUCAUCAGUGGAUGUGUUAAUGUCAAACCUCAUCAGAGGAGACCUGCUUCCCUCUGCUCUCAUUUGGAUCACCUCCAGACCAGCAGCAGCCAAUCAGAUCCCCUCAAAAUACAUCAACCGUGUGACAGAAAUUCAGGGAUUCAAUGAGCCUCAGAAAGAGGAAUAUUUCAGGAAGAGAAUCAGUGAUGAGCAUCAAGCCAGCAGAAUCAUCUCACACAUUAGAAGAUCAAGAAGCCUCAACAUCAUGUGCCACAUCCCCGUCUUCUGCUGGAUCUCAGUUACUGUGCUUCAGAGCCUCCUGAAACAAGAUGACAGUGCAGAAAUCCCUCAAACUCUGACUGAAAUGUACAUCCACUUCCUGCUGACUCAGAUCAACAUGAGGAAUCAGAAGUAUGAUGAGAAAAAUGCAACGAAACUCCUGAAACCCAACAGAGACUUGAUUGUAAAACUUGCUGAACUGGCUUUCAAACAGCUGAUGAAGGGCAAUGUGAUCUUUUAUGAGAAGGACCUGACUGAGAGCGGCAUAGACGUCACUAAUGCCUCAAUGUAUUCUGGGAUUUGCACUGAGAUCUUUAAGCAGGAAUCUGUGAUUCAUCAGAGGAAAGUCUACUGCUUCAUACAUCUGAGCUUUCAAGAGUUUUUAGCUGCUUUCUUUGUGCUUUACUGCCAAGUAGAAAAAAAUGAGAAAUCACUGAAUUCGAUUCUACGUGAUUUGGAGUAUAGUUCAUUGGUUUCAGGGAUGUGUGGAAUGAUUGAGCUUGAAGAAUAUAAUUUGUAUGGUAUUAAAAUCACUAUGAAUGAGGUACAAAAAGCAGCAGUUAAUAAAUCUUUAAAGAGUAAAAACGGACACCUGGAUCUUUUCCUGCGAUUCUUGAUGGGCGUCUCACUGGAUUCCAAUCAGAGACUCUUACAGGAUCUACUGACACACAGAGAGAACAGCUCAAUGAACAUGGAGGAAAUUACUCUGCACAUUAAAUACAAAAUCAAGAAUGAUCAUUAUUAUAUGAGAGGUAAACAUCUCUCAGCUGAGGAAUGCAUCAAUCUGUUCCACUGUCUGCUGGAAAUGAAGGAUCAGACUCUGUACAAAGAGAUUCAAGAGUUUGUGAAAUCAGAGAAUCACUCAAAAAAACUCUCUCCUGCUUACUGCACAACAAUAGCCUAUAUACUUCAAAUAUCAGAGGAGGUGCUGGAUGAGUUUGAUCUAAAGAAAUACAACACAUCAGAUGAGGGUAGAAGGAGACUGAUACCAGCUGUGGUGAACUGCAGAAAAGCUCUACUUGAUGGCUGUAAUCUCAAUGGUCAGUGCUGUAAAAUGUUGUCUUCAUCUCUACAAUCAUCAAACUCACUGAGAGAGCUGGACCUGAGUCACAAUGACCUGAAGGAUUCAGGAGUGAAGCUGCUCUCCGAUGGACUGAAGAGUCCACACUGUCAAAUCAACAUACUGAGAUUAUCUAGCUGUAUGGUGACAGAAGAAGGCUGUGGAUUUCUGGCUUCAGCUCUGAGUUCAAAUCCCUCACACCUGAGUGAGAUGGAUCUGAGCUACAAUCACGCAGGACAAUCAUUGGUCAAGCUGCUCUCUGAUCCAAACUACAGACUGGACAAACUCAAUGUGGAUCAUGGAGGAGAGUUCAGGAUUGUAGCAGGACCACAGAAAUAUAUCUGCAAUCUCACACUGGAUUUAAACACAGCAAACACAUGUCUCGCUCUGUCUGAGAGGAACAGAACGGUGAAACAUGUGAAAAAGAAGCAGCCGUAUCCUGAUCAUACAGAGAGAUUUGAGAGAUUUCCUCAGGUUCUGUGUGGAGAGAGUCUGACUGGACACUGUUACUGGGAGGCUGAAUGGAAUGGGAAGCCUGAUAUAUCAGUGACAUACAAAAGAAUCCACAGGAAAGGAAAGAAUGAUGACUGUAGGUUUGGGCUCAAUGAAAAUUCCUGGAGUCUGAUCUGGAAUAAUUACAAAUUCAUUGUCAGACACAAUAAUGUGGAAACAAUCAUACCUCCCCCUUCAAGCCGCUCUAACAGAGUUGGAGUGUACCUGGACUGGUCAGCAGGAACUCUGUCUUUCUACAGUGUCUCUGACACACACAAGCUCACACACUUACACACAUUCAACACCACAUUCACUGAACCCCUCUAUGCUGGAUUUAGGGUUUGUUAUUCUGGAAGUUCUGUGUCUCUUUGUGAGAUUAGACCGGACUGAGGUUUCAGUCAGAGCUUAUUUUCUAAACACACUUCAUUAUGAAUGUUAAAGACUGU